CAAACUAGAAUUUAGCCAAUAUGAAGUUAAUUGAGUAAUCCAUGAAAUUUCAGAACUAUAUAUAAGCUGAGUAGAAGAGAGGUGACAACACGCUCAUCCAUUUUAUCUUAGCUCAUAUUCAUCUCUGUUCUAUUUCUCUUUGAAUUAUAACCAAGUUCUGACGCCAAAAAUGGCUGAUGCACUCAUCUCUGUGCUUCUGGAGCAAUUGGCUUCAGUAGUAUAUCAACACACAAAUCAAGCGGUGAAACUGGUUUUGAAUGCUGAGGAAGACGUUAAAAGUUUCAGCAGCAAGCUCAAAGAUAUCCAGGCUGUGCUUGAGGAUGCAGAGAAGAAACAAGUGGCAGACACUGGGGUGGAAAACUGGUUGGCGAAGCUGAAAGAUGUGUCGUACGAGAUGGACGACGUGCUAGAUGAGUGGAACACCGAAAUUCUCAGACGACAAGUGGAGGAGAAGCAAGAGAAGGAAGGAGAAAAUGCUCUUGUGACAAAGAAGAAGGUAUGUUUCCUCAUGUCCUCCGUUUGCUUUUGUUUUGGCCAAGCCAAUAAGGUCAUUCAUCGUCAUAAGAUAGCUAGAAGGAUAGGGGAAUUGAAUGAGAAGUUAACUUUAUUGAUUGCUGCUGAAAGAGAAAUGUAUGGCUUUCAUCAGUCCACAAAAGGUGGCCCUGAUGAUCAGCAGCUUAUUCAACGACAGAAGACUUCAUCUUUGGUCGAUAUAUCUACGAUAUUUGGCCGAGAAGAAGAAAAAGAGAUGUUGUUGAGCAAGUUGUUGAGAGAGAGUAGCCCGAAAGUGGGGCGGUUCCUUGUCAUCCCUAUUGUAGGGAUGGGAGGGAUGGGCAAAACAACUCUUGCCCAAUUAGCCUAUAAUGAUGAAAAGGUCACAGCCCAAUUUGAUAAGAAAGUAUGGGUUUGUGUCUCGAGCCCUUUUGACGAGAUUAAGAUUGCCAAAGCGAUCAUUGAGAAUCUAGAUAAAAAUGAAACCCAAAAGAGUUCCAAUGAGUUGGAAACUCUAUUACAAUGUAUAAUGUCACACGUUAAGGAUAAGAAGUUCUUUCUUGUCCUAGAUGAUGUGUGGACGGAAAACCCAAAAGAGUGGGAAAGUUUGAAACUACCAGUAAUAAUGCAAAGUUGUGCUGAAGGUAGUAGAAUACUAGUGACCACGCGAAAACAAGAGGUUGCUAAAAUGAUGGGAGCAAACAGUAGCAUGAUCUAUUUAGACAAGUUGAGCGAUAGGGAUUGUCUAGCAUUGUUCAAUAGCAUCGCAUUUUUGGAUAGGAAAGAAGAUGAGGCUGCUGGAUUUGGAGCUAUUGGUGAGGAAAUUGUGAAAAAGUGUAAAGGUUUGCCUCUUGUUGCAAAAACUUUAGGCAGUCUAGUGCGGUAUAAGAAAACAAGAAAGGAAUGGCAAGAUGUUCUGAAUAGUAAAAUAUGGGAAUUAGAGAAAAUUGAGGAACAAGUUUUCCGACCAUUAUUACUAAGUUAUUAUGAUUUGGCCCCAGCAGUCAAAAGAUGUCUUUUGUAUUGUGCUAUAUUUCCCAAAGAUUAUAAUCUCGAAAAAGAUAAGUUGAUUGAGCUUUGGAUGUCUCAAGAUUAUCUUAAUUCAAAGGAAAAUAAAGAAAAGAGAAGAAAAGGUCAAUAUUAUUUUGAGAGUCUAGUAAUGCGAUCUUUUUUCCAAGAUUUUGUGGUAGAUGAGAUGGGAAAUAUUGAAAGGUGCAAAAUGCAUGAUAUUGUGCAUGACUUUGUGCAAUUUCUUACAAAAAAAGAAUGCAUUAUUAUAGAAGUAGUUAAGGGUGAUAAUCAAAUAGUGGAGCUACGGGGUGAAAAUGUCCGUCAUUUGACCUUAACAAGGGUACCCUAUGGCCCACUUUCAUUUCCUACUUCAUGUGACAGAUGCGUAAAUGUGCGUAGCCUCACACUCCUUGAUUCAAGCAUUACAACCAUAAGCCCCGGUUCAGUUUUGCAAAUGAAAUGCCUUAGGACAUUGAAUUUGAGUUGGAGUGGCCUCACUGAACUUCCAAAAGAGGUGGGUGAAUUGAUUCAUUUGAGAUAUAUGGAUUUGUCUUAUAAUCCAAUUUUGAAAGUACCGGAUGCUGUGUGUGAUUUAUACAAUCUACAGACUCUGGUUCUUAUACAGUGCUCGAGUCUUGAGAAACUACCCAAGGCAAUGGGAAAGUUGAUCAACUUAAAGCAUCUAUAUGUUCUGGGUUGUUGGAAGCUGAGGUACUUACCAAAAGGGAUUGGGAGUUUGAAAAGUCUGCAAGCACUAGACUGCUUUUAUGUAUGUGAGCGUGAAGCAGCAGCAUUGAAAUUAGGAGAUCUCGGAAUCAUGGACCAGCUUCAGGGGAGCCUUGAGAUACGUCGAUUGGGGAAUAAGGAUGAUGCGAGUGAGACUGAGAAAGCACAGUUGGGGAAUAAGGAGCACCUCUCUCAUUUAGAAGUAGUUUUCCAGGAUGAAUAUGGAGUAUUGAGAAAGCACGGUGUUGAUUCAGAAAUAGUGAAAGCAUUGCAACCACAUCAAAAUUUGGAAUCCCUUGGGAUUGAGUGGUGCCACAUUGGCACCACCGAGUCUCUCUAUUGGAUCAAGUCUUUACACAAUUUGAGAAAAGUUCAUCUCCGUUUUUGGCUAUUUUGUGAGUUUUGGCCUCCUCUUGGAAAAUUGCCAUCGCUUGAAAUUCUGGAAAUUACAGUGAUGGACAAAGUGAAAAAGGUGGGAGUUGAAUUUCUGGGAAUAGAAGAAGAAGAAACCGAAACGACUUUCUCAGGAAUUCUAUUCCCCAAAUUGAAACGACUUUCUUUUUAUUACUUGUCCGAGUGGGAAGAGUGGGAAGGAAUAACAAAGGAGGAGGAUUCUUCUUCUUCUUCUUCUUCUGAAAUUACAAUAAUGCCUCGCCUUUCUUCCUUGCAAAUUACCGAGUGCCCAAAGCUCAAAGCACUGCCAGACUUCCUGCACAAGAUAACAACACUGCGUACUUUGACGAUCGAGAGUUGUCCAAUUCUCGAACGAGACUACCAACAAGGCGUGGGGAAGGAGUGGCACAACAUUUCUCACAUCCCAAACAUCACAAUUCAAUCUCAUUAAUGAACCUGAAUCUGAUUCUGAAUGAAGUUUGUUGACUCGCUGCACAAAUACAAAGGAGGGACUUUCAGGCCGUUGUACACCAUACAGGAAUUUUGGUAUCCAUUUCAUUGAUUGAUUCAAGUGCCUCUCACAUAAACUACCUAAUUUUAUCAGCAUAUUACGUAAUCCUAUGCCGAAGCUUUUGGGCAAUGGAUGCUAACAGGGAUUUGACUAGUAAUUGGGGUUUGGAAGUUUUUUCUGCAAUCUGUAUCUUACAAAAAGCAGCAGGCCGGGAGCCUGGUAAUUGGUGUUUGUGCAAAUGGACCGUUCAAAUCCUGCCACCUCAAUCGUUGAAGGCUACUUGAAGGAUUGUGUAUCAUAUGGUCUUUCGCCAUAAAGGAAAUUUGGAAUGCAUUUAACUGAAUGAAGUGUCCCUUUUAGCUAAACUAGGCUGAGGGUUUGUGCGGAAUGGAUGCGAAUACUGAAUGGAAUAUAAUAGGUACAUGGGAUUUGCAAGCUUUAUGUACAACCUGUAUCCUAACAAUAGAAAUGGAGUCGGAGAAAUGGUGUUUCUGUAGCUGUACUCAGACUGAAAGAUUGAGUGGGCAUCCUCUCUACCAAACCAUUCCACUUCACCACCGUCAAAAGUAAUGAUAGUCUAAAUCCACCUGCAUAUAGUCUGGCUCCUUUUUUGAGAAUUGUGUCCCUAAUAUUGCAAAUAUACCCAUUGGUCCUACUGCUUUAAGUUCUAUGCUAACAUAUGUUUGAAGCUGUCACUGAUUGCUGGGGACCUAGGGUGUUGGUGGUUAAUUAGUGAUCCUUAUCCUGCUUUCUUUCUUCAUCAGAUCAAAUCAUAAAUGUUAUAUAUAUAUAUAUAUAUAUAUAUAUAUAUAUAUAUUGUCUUUCUUACUGGUUAUUUACAAAAUUUUACUACUCAUGGAUACAAGGAUUUAUAAGCAUUCGGGAUAUCAUGGUUGGGUUUCACAUAUAUAUUUUGUGCAUCACAAGACUACCAUUAUGUAGUCUUUGUUCUGUUUUACUGGAAUGUGUCGCUUACUGAAUAACUAAAUGAUCGGUAUCUCUUCCUGGACAUUUUGUUGAACACAUUGUAUGCAGGAGCCAUUUUGACUGAUUCAAGAGGCUGUUACCUAAGCUAGGUAAUGUGAUAUUAACAGCCUAAGUAAGUAGUCCUAUAUAAGAAGUUUAUUUUUCUUUUUAUUUGGAUAAUCCUGUAUUAUCUAUUUCACAAGUGCUUGCAAUUGCACUUUCCUGUUGUCAAUUCUAAAAAUAUUACAAGGUUUGACAUCUUGUUUCCGUUACAUGGAUUUUCUUGUCAUAUAGGCUGAAGUCUUUUGUGGAAUUGAAACUGAUUGGAACUUGAGAAGCUGUCCCCGGCUCCCUGCCAUGGCUAAUGAUGAAGAUAUAUAUAUAUAUAUAUAUAUAUAUAUAUAUAUAUAUAUAUCCAAAACUUGUACACUGUGAGCUGCAAUGCUAAUUGUACAAGAACUUGAAGCAGCUUGUUUUAUUUUCAUGAGGUCGGAACAGCAAUUAUCCAUAUCUAGUGCCCAAGUGCAUCGAUCAGACUUUCUGUGAUUAAAGAUUGCUCAUAUGAAGAAAGAAAUAGAUGCUAGUUGUGCUAAUGACAUCUCUCAAGGUGGAUUGACUCAAGGGCAACAAACUCAGAUCUCUCGAAAUGAAAAAAGAACAGAACAGUUAAAAAAUUUCACCAGAACCUAUAUGCCAGCCCUUUUACUUCUUUAUACUGAUUCUGGAAGAGCUUGAAAUUUGGAAGAGACACUGAAUGAGAGUAUUCGAAAAAGUUUAGGUGCACAUUGCACAUGUAGGGAAGCAAUGUCAUGGUAAGAAGAAAGGAGCAAUUGAAGAAGAAGAAGAACUUCUCAGUAAUGAACUAAUGAUGAUGAAUUUUAUGAUCGAAAAAAGAAGCCUUCUAGCAAAAUGGCUAGUGAAAACCAAUCAAUUUGAAACCGCUGAUACUCUUCUUGAUAAGAGAGAUGCAAUCACAAAAGAAAUUGAGAACAAGAAAGAGAGCUGCUUUCAAUUUAGAAAAACAGAUCAGCAUCAGAAACUACAGAGUACACUGAUGCUGGAGAAGCACUGGAUGAAUACAUGUCUGGGGUUUCAUCUAAGCUAGUGCUUGAUAAAACUGAGCAAUUGCAAAAGGAACUCUCAGAUCUCCAGUUCGAAUAUGACAGGGCAGUCUUCCUUUUGAAGAUUGCUGAUUCAACAGGUGAAGCAGCCAAGAAAAGGGAUUCAAAGGUGCUUCCUGAAAAUCCUGAAACUUCUGCUGCUGCCAUCAAGAAGCAACAUCCAUUUAAACCAAAGGAAACCUGUCUGCCUGAAAAUCCAGAAAGUGGCUAUAAAGAAAGAGGAGAGUACAGAUGUGACUGUUGCAUCUAGCAAGAAGCCGGAGUCAGGUGAGGUUCUCACUGAUGCAACUGAAGGAAAAAGUGGUGUAUACUGUUGCAAAGCCCCAGUGGCUUGGAGCUAUAACGUACAAGAGGAUUGAGGAGGGUCAUCAAGAGGCAGCAUCUAUGAAUGAGCACGAGUCUGAACUAUUUGUGGACUAUAAAGACAGGAAGAAGAUUUUGGAGAAUGAAGUUAACAUGGAAUCUGGCUGCGCCUGGUUUGAUUAUAAGGAAAGGAAAACAAGUUCAUGAAUCUGAAGCUAGUGAUGAUUCUCAUCAACUGUCGACAUCUUCCUCCACAGGAGCUGGACUCCUGGCAGAGGAUGCUGUAGCAUUGUUGCUAAAGCAUAACAGAGGCUAUUAUGCAUCAGAAGAUGAUAAAUCCUCUGAGAGCCAAGAUACGUCACAAGGGAAACAACAGAGCAAGGGUAAGAAGCCCAAAAAAGAGUACUUGGUCCGGAGAGAUCUUCAUUUCUUGAUAGUGCAUGAUUCUACUGAAACAUGGGUGCCUCCUGAAGGACAAUCUGGUGAUGGACGAACAUCCUUGAAAGAUCGAUAUGGCUACUAAUUAUAAAUGCAAUUUUUCCUGGGUCUAUAAUGUAAUUGAUCAAGUUGGAAGUGCUGUUAGGCAGCUUGCAUAUCAAAUGAGUUUUAAUUUUUACUACCCAGGUUUAAAUUGUCAGACCCGAUUAUCAAAUGAUAAUAUGAAGGUACAGUUUGAUACUGCCUGGUGGGCAUCACAACGUAACCUUGUUAGGCACUGAUAUUUUCCUUUAUUGUUUUUGGGUAGGAUGUACAACUUGGUGUAGACAGAUUAAGACACAGAGAAGCUCUGAAUUAUUGUUGUAAACUUGUUCCAGUAAUGUGUAUAUAUUGGUUCCAACUUUUUGCCAA